GUAAUUUAUUUCAAAGGCCAGUAAACCUAAAAGUCAAGCUUGUAAGCCUUACAACAAGUAGUCUAUUAAAUCAAAUGUUUUUUAAAUCCCUCAAGAAUGUCAAUUUGAAAAAGACAUGCUCUUUUUUUAUUAACAACAGCUGGUUGAGAAUCCAACUUUCAUUCUACUUAAAAAAAGCGUGUAUAUUCUAUGCAUUCCGGUCUGAAAUAGAUAUAUGUUUCUCUAAAGAGUUUGUUCAACGUAUAAAGAAAUUGAAUAAAAUUAUGUUUAGCCAGAACAACAAACUCUAUAUAGUCAUAUAUGACUGAAAUAAUAUACAUUGUACAUGUUGAGUUAGCAUUUUGCAUAAUUUCAAGAGAUAGUGACACUGUCAAGUCAAGUGACUCAACAAUCUUCUUUUUCUCUAUCGGAAAUUCAAACAGUAAUUCUUUCCCUCUUUUCUCUCUUUUCCUCUCUUACACACUUUAAAAAUAUGGGUGCUAACACGUCAAAAAACACAACAAAAAACUCCAGUAACCGUGUUCACCAACAGAAAAUUGAAGACCUUGUUGACUUGGGCUCUGUUCUUCCAAACGGUCUUUACCCAGCAACUGAACAAGAUUACGACCCACGUAUUGUCCGAAGCUUAAUAAUAGCCAGAAAGAUAGCGCCUUUUUAUAAAGGCCUUCCUGAUGCUCCAGAACCUGUUCAACCUACAUUGUCACAAACACUGUCUCCUUUACCGCAAUCCUCUUCUUCCUUAUCAACGAUAUCUAUAGAGAGUAAUUUAUCAGCAUCAAAACCUUCAGCUAGACCAAGAAGCGCAUCUUCUAGCAGUAGAACACCAGGCUAUGAUCCUUUCCUUGAAAGAAAAAAAGCCUAUAUAGAAAAAAUGAAACAAAGAGAAAAAAUGCUUUACAAUGAUGCUGUUGAAUGUCCUAUUUGUUUUUUAUAUUAUCCUGCCAAUAUCAAUUAUUCUCGCUGCUGUGAUCAACCUAUUUGUACAGAAUGCUUUAUUCAAAUACAUCGUCCCAUUGAAACACCAUCUGUGCCAGCUACUUGUCCAUUCUGUAUGGAGGAGAACUAUGGUAUUAUAUACGAGAUACCUUUAUGGAGUGAAAAGUUUCAAGCUCGUUCAAGAAGUGGAUCACAUAGCACAGUGUCAGGCACUCGGCAUACAACUUCUGGUGUUGGUGAAUCUGAUGGACCAAGACGUGAAAGUGUGAGUCAUAAAAACCCUGAUGUUGUUCUUGUCGAUCAUAUAAGACCCAACUGGAAUACCGCGGCACAGCCCGUUCGAUCUGUCUCAAGAAGAAACUCUGCAUCAGCAGGGUCGCGCAAUGGCCAUAGUAAUGGGUUACUAAGAGCCGCUGGAGGUGGCGUCAGUUCACUCUUGACCCGACCUGGUCGAUCUGCAUCUUCUGCUGCUGCUACGGAAUACAAUCACUUUUUGAAUAAUAUGCGUGAUAUGGAUUUAGAGGAUUGGAUGGUAAUGGAAGCAGUCCGGUUAUCACUUGCAGAACAAGAAGAACACCAAAGAAAACAACAGUUGGCAGCAAAAAAUAACCAACAUCCAGAAGAACAAACUACCAAUGCAUCAUCUUCUUCUCAUUGAUCAUAUUCCCCU